GUGAAGUUGCAACUUCUUCCUCUUCUCAUUCCCUUUUUUUUCUUCCAUACUUCCCUUUUGGUCUCAUUUGGUAAAACAUAGUUUAAAUUAUAACAAAAAAAAUGGAGAAAGUUGAAAGUUCAAAGUUUAAUAGAAUUUGUGUGUUUUGUGGUAGCAGUUCUGGGAAAAAAACUAGUUAUCAAGAAGCUGCUAUUGAUUUAGGCAAAGAACUGGUGGAGAGGAGGAUUGAUUUAGUGUAUGGAGGUGGAAGUGUGGGGUUGAUGGGACUUGUUUCUCAGGCUGUUCAUGAUGGCGGGCGCCAUGUUCUAGGGGUGAUUCCGAAGACUCUCAUGCCUAGAGAGUUAACUGGAGAAACUAUUGGAGAAUUGAGAGAAGUGUCCGGUAUGCAUCAAAGGAAAGCUGAAAUGGCCCGCCAAGCUGAUGCUUUCAUUGCCCUCCCUGGUGGCUAUGGUACUCUUGAAGAACUUCUCGAAGUCAUCACAUGGGCUCAGCUUGGAAUCCAUCAGAAACCAGUGGGGCUGUUGAAUGUUGAGGGUUACUAUAAUUCGUUGUUGUCGUUCAUCGAUAAGGCUGUUGAUGAAGGCUUUAUCUCUCCAAUUGCACGUCGUAUAAUCGUGUCUGCUCCAACAGCCAAAGAAUUGAUCAGAGAACUUGAGGAACAUGUUCCAGAAAAGGAUGAAAUAAUAUCGAAGUUGAUAUGGGAGGAUGAAAUUCAAAGAUACAAUUAUACACCUGAAUCCAGUGUUCCUACAUAAAAAAAAAAUGUCUCUUUUAUAUUAUAGUAUAUGGUUUUGGGAUUUAGAAAUUUCAGUAUACAAGUAAGGAAGUGGGGG